AUGUUUCGGCGACAGUCGGCUCUUAUUUUGAGGCAGUUUAAUUCAGUUAUUAGUGAUGUGUGUUCACCAAAAAUUCAGACGGCGUGCUUUAAAAGUCACACCAGUAUUGAUAAAAUAUAUCCAAACAGCAAUUUAGAUUACCUUCGGAAACCGGAGCAAGUGCAGGAUAGUUUCGCCAAGACAGGUUCACCGGAUGCACCAGAAAAAUUUACUGGAUAUAUUCCUAUUGAGCAGUUAGAGGUAACUGCCACAAGAAGCAGUGGUCCUGGAGGACAGAGCGUUAAUACAGUGAACAGUAAAGUUGAAAUCAGAUUUCAUCUGGAGUCUGCAUCCUGGAUCCCUGAUUGGAUCAAACCAAGAAUUAUUGAGAAGGCUGAAGGUAAACUAACCAAGGAUGGUUACUUGGUUCUGCGAUCAGACAUGACACGCAAGCAGAUCCUGAAUCAAGCUGACUGUAUGAACAAGUUGAGAAAUUUAAUCUUUGCUGCUUCAACUCUGCCAAAACCACCAACACAGCAGGAGAUAAAGGUCAAGGAAGAAAGGCUGGCAAAAGCAAAGGCUGGAGUACUGCGUGAGAAGAAGGAUAGAGCUUUAUUAAAGCAAUUUAGAACAUCACCAGAAUCUUUUUAA